CCCUAAAUUCAUUUUCAGCUACCUUGAUAUAAUUAAUUGCCCACAAUAUAAAUUGAACUCUUUAAAUAAGACCCAUAAUCCACUAAUUCAAAGCUCAAAAUCAUCAUAUUACACACACACACACACACAAAAAAACACACAAACACAACAAAAAAUAUAUUGUCCAAAUUGCAAAAUGAAAGUCACAAUAAAAAGUUGUUGCUUAGUGGAGCCAGCAGAAUCAACGUGGAAUGGCUGCAUGGCGUUGACCGAGUCCGACCAAACCGGUUUUCUAACUCAUGUCCCAACGAUCUACUUUUACCGCCCUUCUCUAAACUGGCUCACUUCAUCGAAACAAACCAUGUUCGAAACCCUAAGAGUUUCUUUAGGCAAAGCUUUGGUCCAUUUCUACCCGUUAGCGGGCCGUCUACGUUGGCUGGCCGGGUCCCGUCUCGAGCUCGAUUGUAACGGGAAAGGGGUCGAGUUGAUUGAAGCUCGGACCGAGUCGGAUUUGGAUGAACUUGGCGACUUCUCUCCGUCUCCUCACUUCGACCACCUUAUCCCUCAGAUGAACUACUCAUCCCCCAUUGAAGAAAUCCCUCUCUUGAGCGUGCAGCUUACCGAGUUCCGGUGCGGCGGCGUUACUCUUAGCUACAAUAUAUCCCACGCGGCGACCGACGGCCAGAGCGCCCUCCAUUUCAUCACCGAGUGGGCCAGACUGGCACGUGGCGAGCCGCUGGCGGAGGAGCCUGUCCUUGAUAGGAAGCUGUUUCGAGCCGGAGAACCUCCGUCGGCUCGGCCGCGUUUCGAGCACGUGCAGUUUGAUCCUCCGCCGCUUCUUAUGGGCCAGUCGAGUAGCGAGAAUGAGAGGAGGAAGGAAACUACGACGGCCAUGCUGAAGCUGUCGAAAGCCCAGCUUGAAAUCCUCAGGAACGAAGCCAACGGUAGUAUCACCGCGGCUCGUGGGUACUCUCGCUACGAGGCGGUAACCGGGCACUUGUGGCGGAGUGCGUGCAUGGCGCGUGGCCACACGCGCGAGCAGCCGAUUUCGCUGGGGCUCUGCGUGGACGUGCGGCGGCGAAUGAAACCACCUCUGCCGGAUAGGUACUUCGGAAACGCGAUAAUCGACGUGGUAGCGAGAAGCUUGGCGGGGGAGCUGAUGACGCGGCCGCUGGGGUACGCCGCCGGAAAGGUGAGAGAGGCGAUAGACGGGGUGACGUGCGAGUACGUGCAUUCCGCCAUUGAUUACCUGAAAAACAUGGAGGAUCUGUCGGAGCUGCAGGACAUACACGCGCUGAGAACGAAGGAGGGCGCCGGGGCGGUGUUCUACGGGAAUCCGAAUCUAUGGGUGAUAAGCUGGAUUUCUCUCCCGUUGACUGGAGUUGAUUUUGGGUGGGGGAAAGACAUUGCGAUGACGCCGGGGGCCCACGCCGGCGACGGUGAUUCGGUGAUCUUGCCGGGAUGUGACGGUGAUGGUUCGUUGGUGGUUGCGAUUUGUCUUCAGUCUGAGUUCAUGGAGGGUUUCAAGAAGUUCUUCUAUCAAAAUAUUCCAAAUUAAAUUCACUAAUUAAUAAUUAGUGGAUUAAUAAAGAAUUUUCUGAUCAAUAAUAUAUAUGUAAUU